AUGUCCUCCCCCAACAACCCACGGUCGUCCUCUCCCCUCAACUUCCCGUCCUCUUCAGUAGCGGGUACUCCCAGGGCCGCCCGCGUCCAGCAAGUCGCUGGCAGCGACGCCCCCGCCCGGUCGUCAUCCCCUCUUCACUUUCCUACGUCUUCUCCUCGUUCCCAGCCUGGAUCAGGUGCUGGGCGCCAGACGCCUACUGCGUCCCGACUAAGAAGUGAGGUUCCCAGCUCUGCUGGCGUCAGAAGGAUUCGGGAUGAGACCCCUCUCUUCUUCCCGCCAUCCGGAGGCUCCACACCUCGCCGAGCCCGUCGAGGAGAUAUCCAUUCUUCUUUCCCUCACUCAUCCCCGUCUCUCGCUCGACGAACUGCUACCAUCCCCGCCAGCUCUAUCCGCGGUUCGUCUCCGAACUUUGAUGGUCCUCGCACGCCCCGAGCCGGAUCAGCUGCCCCUACUCUUUCUGCUGUUGCUGGAUCUCAGGCAGAUGAUGAGGCCGAUGAUGUUGACGGUAUGGUCAAGUUCAUCUGGGGCACGACCAUCUCCCUGCAAGAAAGUAUGAACCUCUUCCGAGACUUCUUACGCGGCUUCAAGCCCAAAUACCGGGCGGUUUUCAACACCGAACAAGCUCGCCAAAUUGAACAGGAGGGGGGCUUGGCCCCUCCUCCCAUGACUCUCUAUGACAACCUGUCGGCUGAGCGAGCGGAGUCUCCUCUUUACGAGACCUAUCUGGGGCGUUUGCGCGAGACCGGCGAGACCAACCUCAACCUCGACGCUCUGAACCUUCUUGCCUACAACCCAAGCAAAAAGCUUUACCACCAACUUAUCAAUUACCCUCAAGAAGUGAUUCCUAUCAUGGAUCAAGUCUUGAGGGAUGUCAUGAUUGAACUGGGCCACGAGUACUUGGAGAGGGCGCAGACCCAAUAUGCCGAAGGUACCAUGACCCAAUUGCAACUGGGUCUCAUCACGGAUGAGCUCAAGGAUGUGGAUUCUCGAGUCUAUAAAGUCAGACCUUUUGGUGGGGAAAAGACUGUCAACAUGCGAGAUUUGAACCCGGGAGAUACGGACAAAUUGGUGACAAUCAAGGGUCUGGUCAUCAGGGCCACUCCUGUCAUUCCCGAUAUGACUACCGCGUUCUUCCGCUGCCUCAUCUGUCAGCACACUGUUCAGGCUGAUAUCGAUCGAGGGCGCAUCCAGGAACCCGAUGCCUGUCCUCGAGAUGUUUGUGGUUCCAGGGGCACCAUGUCUCUCAUUCACAACCGAUCCGAGUUCACCGACAAGCAAGUCAUUCGUCUGCAAGAGACCCCAGAUGCUGUUCCCGAUGGUCAGACUCCGCACACCGUGUCCCUCUGUGUGUACGAUGAGUUGGUGGAUCUGGUCAAGCCUGGUGAUCGAGUCAUCAUUACCGGUAUCUUCCGUUCCAUCCCUGUUCGUGUCAACCCCAGACAGCGAAGCAUCAAGUCCCUCUACAAGACUUACCUCGAUGUCGUUCACGUCAAGCGCACCAACGUUGCCCGUAUGGGUUUCGAUCCCACAACCCGGGGAGGUGAAGGCAGGCCCCCGGGAGUCGGCGUCGGUGGGGAGGAUGAUGAGGAAGAGCUACUCGCUCGAAACGAUACUGACGAGGCUAUGGACCAGGACGGGUUCGGGGCACCCAUUCAGUCUGCCUCGGCAGAAAUGGAGCAAAAACUCGUCGAGCUUUCUAUCCACCCAGACCUCUACAACAUCUUGGCCUCUUCCCUUGCCCCCUCUAUCUAUGAGCUCGAGGAUGUCAAGAAGGGCAUUCUCCUGCAACUCUUCGGUGGUACGAACAAGUCUAUCGCCAAGGGUGGUGGUGGGGGUGGUCCGAGGUACAGAGGCGAUAUCAACAUCUUGAUGGUCGGUGAUCCCGGUACGAGUAAAUCUCAGAUCUUGCAAUACGUGCACAAGAUUGCUCCCCGAGGUGUCUACACUUCCGGUAAGGGCUCAUCGGCCGUUGGUUUGACGGCCUAUGUCACACGCGACCCAGACUCCAAGCAGCUGGUUCUGGAAAGGCAAUGGUGCUUUGGUUCUCUCCGAUGGAGUGUUUUGCACGAAGUCAUGGAACAGCAAACGGUGUCCAUCGCCAAGGCUGGUAUCAUCACCACCCUCAAUGCGCGUACAUCUAUUCUCGCUGCUGCCAACCCUAUCAACUCUAGAUACGACCCUAAACUUCCUAUUCCCGCCAACAUCGACCUGCCUCCUACUUUGAUUUCCAGGUUCGACUUGUUGUACUUGGUCCUUGAUAAGGUCGACGAGAUCAAUGACAGGAAGUUGGCCAAGCAUUUGGUAGGCUUGUAUCUGUCGGAUGAGGAAGAGCGACCUCAGGAUAACAUCAUUCCCCUCGAUACUCUUGCGGCAUACAUUACCUACGCCCGAUCCAAGAGCCAACCUGUCCUCACAGAGGCAGCCGGUGCUGCCCUCGUGCAAGCCUACGUGGACAUGCGCAAGGCUGGUAUGGACUCGCGGACCCAGGAGAAGCGCAUCACUGCCACCACUAGACAGUUGGAGAGCAUGAUCAGGCUGAGUGAAGCGCAUGCCCGAAUGAGGCUGAGUGAAGAGGUAGAGCUGGAAGAUGUGCUGGAGGCGCAAAGGCUGAUCAAGAGUGCUUUGAGGGAAAGUGCUACCGACCCCCUGACUGGACAGAUUGACCUCGAUCUCAUCAACACCGGCGCCGGUCAGACUAUGCGUCGAGCUCGGGCCGACCUCAAGCGUGAGAUUAUCAAGAUUGUCGUUGAAAAGGCGCGAUCAACAGGUAUUCGCUGGGCGGCAGUCAUCGAUGAGCUCGACAAGCAAAGCAACGUGCCUGUCGAUCACGCUCAAUUUGCAGAGAUCGUGAAAGAGCUGGAGGAGGAGCAGACUGUGAAGGUUUCUGGUGAACGGGACAGGAGGGUCAUUAGGAGUCUGGGUGUCUAA